AUGAGGCUGUGUAUUGUCAAUCCAGAGGACAGCGCGGGAGAAGCCGAGGACCGAGGGCAGUAUAUCGAGGCGCACGGUGACUGGACGUUCAGCAUGCUUCUCCGCUACCUCUGGGAAAAUGGAAUUUUUUCUUUGCCGGGAAAAAGACAGUCGGGAUCCCAGAACGGCCUCGCGGACGGGCUCCCCAGUGUGAUGCUGACCAGCAACGGGGUGCUUUUCGACAUGGAAAAGAAAAUUGACGAUUACGUGCUUCAGCCAGAAACAAAGGUGUACAUCAGCACCGCAACCUACGGCAUGCCCACAAGGCUCUUCGUCGUUCUAGCCGAAACUGGAGAAACUCACGGGUUUGAGGUAUUUGCGGCGGAUCGCGUGCAAGUGUUGAUGAGACUCAUCAGGACCCGACUAGGUGUCGAGGAAGAUGACAUGAUUCUCGUCCACAGAGGCAGUCGCCUAGACCCCGAAAAGAGCCUCGAAGACCAGUGCGUCGGCAGAGAUGCUCUCGUGUAUCUUCUUCGGAUUUCGGAAGCGCCUCCACUCCCACCUCUCCCCCUACCGCCCACGCCUGCUGCGCUCCCGGUAAAGGGGAAGACCCCGACAUCUCCUCGAGGGAAAGACGCGAGAGAUGCAAAGAAGAGGCCCGAGACGAAAAAAGGAAAGAAGAGCAAGUAG